GCAUGCUCUCUAGACCCCGCCUCAACUUAAGCGCAGAAAAACCAUAAGACAAGACUGAAUUGGUUUUAAAUUUUUUUGUCCGAGCCGUGAUCGAAAGCUUGGAAACAGACCUGGAGAAGACAAGUCUCAAGUUCCAGUCGGUUGGCUCGGUUGAAAAUCAGCUUCUGCAAUUACAAGUCGAAAAAAAGUAUGGAAGCUACACCUGGCGGAAACGAAUCUUCAAGGGAUGUUAAAACCCUAAUCUCAUUUUAUUCUAACUUUCUAUGGAACAGACUGUCCACUUUGAUUCGUUCUUCCCCUUCUAUUUUUCUCCAGAAAAUCUCAAAUCUGUCUCGCCAAACGACUCUUCCUAUCUCUACGACACGCAGGGCCGGUCUCCCUCUCCCAUUGCCUUCCAACUCAUUCAACUUCACUCCGACGACGCCAGAGGCAUCGAGAGUUUAUGAAGUUCUGAAUGAUAUAAUGGAUCGCUCCAUUUUAAAUUUGCAUAAAAUUCAAAAUAAUUUGCAAUUUUGGCAAUCUAGAGCGGAGGGUUCUAAUGCAAGGAAAGUUUACUUCAUGAUUUUUGAGCGAGGGCCACGAGCUUUUGUUAAUGGAACGGUUCAACUCAUUCAUGAAAGUGUUGCUGAUGGUUCAGCAAUGCAGCAUCUUUCCCAUUCUGCAUCUGCCUACAUCUCUGAAAGGAUUGCUGUCUUGUCUGCCUUAAGGUGUUCAGUUUCAACUUUUUUGGCUGAGUUUUAUGUGGAGGUUUACAAAUGUGGAGAGGAGUUUGUAAACGAUUCAGAGAAAUCAUUUUCCUCACUAAUGAUCAUUCUUAAUGGUUUAUUUUCUAAGUUGGAGGUAUCAAUUGGCCAUCUUCAUGCAUUAAGUCAGAGUGAUUCUUCUGUUGAUGGAACCUAUUCAUUUCCCAAAUUAUUUGAGAAAUUGCCAGAAAUCAAUCAGGAAAAGUCUCAACGGACAGAUUGUGAAAUUAGUGAUGUUGUCAACUUGGUUUAUAAGAAUCUACAAGAAUUAGACUCUUACUUAGCUCUCAUGGUAGCUAAACACCAAAAACCAAGGAAGUUAACUCGUAACUGGAUCCAGUACACAUGUGGUGCAGUUGGUCUUUCAGUUUGUUCUUUUUGGCUCCUACGACAUAGCCGUUUGAUGGGAAGUUCUGACAUUGACAACUGGAUUCGUGAAGCAAAGGAGUCAACAGUUAGCUUCUUUAAUGACCAUGUAGAGCAACCGCUUUUGUCAAUUAGAGAUGAACUUUUGGAUACAUUUAAGAAAAGGCAAAAAGGUGUGAUGGAUAUGGAGGAAGUGCAGUUGACUUCCAAUUCUCUCCACAGAAUGUUAUUGGCCUUCAGCGAGCAGACAAACGGUAAAGAAUUCCUAGAGAGUGCAUCGGACCAGGAAAUGCUUGAGAUAGUUAUGUUAAGAUAUGAAAAGGAACUUAUGCAUCCUAUCCAGAAUCUUCUCAAUGGAGAGCUUGCUCGCGCUCUGCUCAUCCAGGUUCAGAAGUUGAAACUGGAUAUUGAGAUGGCAAUGCUUGAACUGGAUCAGAUUCUCAGAGCAAAUGAAAUCAACUUUGCAAUCCUAGCUGCCUUGCCAGCAUUCUUUCUAUCUCUUGGGCUGGUUGUAGUUGUGCGUGCAUGGCUUAGACAGGAUACUAGAGCAGCAGGCAGGGGAAGAAUUGCUAGAAUCCAAAGGAGGCUACUUAUUGUGGAGGUUGAGAAAACAAUUAUGCAGUAUCAAACUUAUGUUGACCAAGGGCUGGAAAAUGAUGCACAAUGCAUGUUUGGAAUGUUGAUUUAUUGUCUGGAUCGCUUAUAUCAUGCCGUUAGAAGACAUGCGAAAGCAACUGGUGAAUGGCAAUGUUUGAAACAGGAUAUAAUUGAUUUGGGAAAGCCUGAUCUUCAAACUGCAUACAAGCUAAUUGUGACAACACGCAUGGAACGGGUGUAUGACUGUUUGCUUCCUUCACUCAAGCGCCAAUAGAUCUUUACCUUUACUUUAGAAAAAAAAAGAAAAGAAAAAUUGUUCUUAAAUUCCUCUUCCCCUGCCUUCUUGAAUUGCUGUUGCAUCAAAUUUUUUAAAGGGGAUUGCAUAAUUUUGAUCCAAGCUUUGAGACAGCCAAAGUUCGGUGCUGUUUUGUCUUUGGUAUUUCCCUGCUUACUUCAAGUUUCACUUUUCAAGGAAUUUUUGUGAAGUGGGCGAGUUAAGAAUUGGCUCAACGUUUACUUUUGCAGUUGUUAAGCCUGAAGGGUGCGUGAUGAACAUUUGUGAAUUGUGAAUUUAAUUUAGGGAUAUUGCUGCUCUU